AUGACUAUCCAACAAAGACAAAACAGUCAGUACCAAUUACAAACUCAGUUAAUCAAAGAAGUAAUAAAAACUCAAUUCAUUUCUGAUAAUGAUAUUGAAAUAUUUUAUCAAAACCAAAUGUCUAAAAGUCUAAAUAACCAAUAUAAACAACAACCUCAUUUUAUUUCAGAAGCAUUACAAAUCUUUUUUACGUCAGUUCAACAUUCUAUUCUUCAUGAUUGUAAUUACAUUGAUUUUUUUCAAUGGUUUAUUAAACAUAUGAAAGAUGCAUUAGAAAAUUUAAUUCAUAGUUCAAAUCCAUUAUUUCAAAAAGAUAAUAAUUUAAUAAUAUUACCAUAUUCUUAUCAACAACAAGAUACUGAUUUUGUUUUUACACGUUAUGAAAUAUUUGGAAUAUUAGCUUGUAGUUUUUUUGGUAUUGAACGAUCAAAAAUAUGUCAUACCCAUUCAAUAUCAUUUAAUACUCUUAUAACAUCAAAACUAGGAUUACAAAAGAUGUUAUGUCUCAUUUCAUAUUUCUUUGUGAUGAUUUUAUAUCCCGAAAAAAACGAAAAAGUUCAUUUCAUUAGAAAAAGACUUAAUAAAGUAAUUAAUUGGGAUCAAGACACUCACCAAUUAAUUGAUACAAUUUAUGGAGAAAAUGGAAUAGAAACAUCUGAUUAUCCAAAUCAAAUUGACUUUGCAAAUAAAAAUAUUCAUUUAUUUAAUAUUUCUGGAAAUGCAACUCAAGAAGAAAUUAUGUUUGCAGUAAAACCUGAAUGUUAUUUAUCUAUUCUUCUUUUUGAUACAAUGGCAUAUAAUGAAUGUAUUAUUAUUGAUAAUUGUCUUACUAUAUCAAAUACAACAGGAUUUAGAAAUACAUUUCGUUGGAAAUCUAUUAAAAAUGAAGCUCAAAUUACUUUUCAAACUGCUGUUAUUGCUAUUGAUUCAUGUACUUCUUCUUGUUUUACUAAACAAAAUAUUAUUAGAGACUUAAAUAAAUGUUAUAUUGGAUUCUCUUCUAUUAAAAGAAAUAUAGCAACUGGUCAAUGGGGUUGUGGUGUUUUUGCUAAUGAUCCAACACUUAAAUAUUUUCAACAAGUUCUUGUUGCUUCUUCUCUUCAAAUUAAUAUUAAAUUUCAUUGGAUGGACAAAAAUAAGUAUAAUGAAUUACAUAAUAUAUUAUCAAUAAUGAGAACAAAACAAUUAUUAGUUAAAGAUGUUUAUUUAUUGAUAAUAAAAUAUACUCAACAAACUGAUUUUUUAUCUUAUCUUAAAUCAUAUCUUUCAUUAAUAUAA